AGUUAGUAAUCACUGUCCUCUCUCUCCCACCUUAUUGUGGCCGCCCUCGAUAUGGAAUCAGCAACAACAACUCCAACCAUUUCAACACCUAGUCCGGCUAACUCGGACGUCACCUCCAUCAGCUCUACUCUGAGAUCAUCAUCGUCGUCAUUAGACCACGAACAACAGACCAAUGAGUCGACGCAGAAUGAGCCUCAUCAACUAUCCAGUACCUGGAGUUUCUGGCUCAUGUAUCAGGCCCAGACUAAGGAUAAGAAAGACAACUGGAAGAGUACACAGAAACGUGUUCUCGACUUUUCCACUGCUGAAGAGUUCUGGCGCGUUAUCAACAACGUGUCGAGCCCUAGCCGAUUGAGUUACGCCGAUUACAGCGUGUUUCGAUCUGGUGUAACCCCGAUGUGGGAGGAUCCUGUCUGUGCUAAGGGAGGCCGAUGGAUACUGGCAGUUGAUCGUUUUAUGAGGAGGGAUGCUCGUUCGAGUGGUCAGGAAGAGGCGCUUGAUGAGAGUUGGCUCAACGUAAUGCUGUCAUUGAUUGGCGGCUCAACCUAUGUCGACGAGGCUACAGGAGAGGAUAUCCCCGUUUGCGGCAGCGUAUGUUCUAUGCGGAAGUAUAACUGUAAAGUAGCUCUUUGGGUUGGUACCGCUGAUGAAAAUAUCUUGAUGAUGGUGGGGAGAAGAUUUAAGGAAUCUUUAAAGCCGCUCAUUGAUUACAUGACGGAUGUGAGUAACUGUACUACUUCAUCUGAAGAGGACACUACUUCUCGCCCCAACCGUGCUGCAAAGGCGGUCAUUCGCCCCAAGGCUAUCCAAUUCGAGUUCUUCUCUGACGAUAAUCAUAGUGGUCAGAGAAAAAUAGAGAUUCCAUUGAUUGCUGAUGAUAAUGAGUGAUAGCCGCCGAUGAGUCGUCGGUUGGACGUGCUCCUAUUAAUAUUAAUCCAAUUAUCAUCGAUCUCCUAUUAUCAUUGUAUAUGUACCUCAGCCGUAGACUAUAGUCUGUCGUAGUAGUAGUAGCAUAUACAAACUGUCAGCUUGGUUGAACGCGCUUAUUCUUGGGAUUUUACCUCGUGAAGACUUAAAGUGGAAGGAAUGUUCGUGCUUUGUCCAGUCGUUCAGAGGUUGGUGAUUGCUAACUUGAUGCACUUGUGGCACUUGUGGAUUUCUUCUUCGGAGUGCACGUAUUUGAGGGUGAUAUAUAAUGUUACUCGAUUGCGUAUCCUCUCUAUUUAUUGCUCUGGUGCACUAAUCAUAUCUUUGCUUGAUCAAUACAAGAUACAAAACAGGUUCGGUUGGCUACAACUGUUAUUGCUCGCCAGUAUUAUGAUGA